CUAGGCUACCGUAACAAACAGACACCAUAAUUGUGGCAGCUUGACCUAUCAGUUGUUUCUCUUGCUCUUUUAACAGUUCUGGGAUGGAUUGAGGUCUGCAGGGUCACUGUCUUUAGUGUGAUCAUUUGGAGUCAGAGGCUCCCAUCAUCUUGAGGUUCUGUUAUUCCCUAAGGCUUGUCUCUUACUUACCCACAGCUACUGAAAGAGGCAGGAGCACAGAAAAGUAGCCAGGAGACUUUUAGGAGACUUUUAAGAGUAGCCAGGUCUGGAAGUACCCCAUUUUCCACUGGAAAAAACUUAAUCUCAUGGCCACACCUAUCUGCAAGGAAAUACAGUCUAGUCUGUGCCCAAAUAAGAGAAAAGCAUGUGUCUUAAUUUAGCCAGUGGUCUCUGCAUACAGGCUUACGGUGAGGGAUCUGCUGCCGACUGUAGAUGCCAUGUCCAAAAAUUAAACCUGCUACAGGGACAGAGUUCAGAGAUGUCACUCAGUCUUUCCCUAAGGUCUCUGGAAGAACCUGGAAAAGCUGAUGACAAGGAGAAUGCAGGUCCUCGGCAGGCUGAGCAUGCCAGUCUGCAGGAAAAACCCCCGCCCGUGGAGAACCGCUGGCUGAAGUAUCUGGAAAGGGAUGCCAAAGAACCGGGCCUGGAAGGAGUGUGUUUCAGCAGACAGUCCUCAUCCGAGACAGGGAAUCCAGACCCUCCCUUCAAUAAAGACCUGCCUAGAAAAAGGAAAUGGAACCAGAGCAUAGUCCAGCCUCCACACAGCCCUGAUGUCCAGGAGUCAAGCAACUCUGAGGUCACCUGGAACCCCCAGAAGGGCCAGGCUGUCCUGGCAGAGGGCCAAAAAGGCAGUAGUUGUGAAGACUGGGACAACAGGGGACAACCACCACGGCCUGCCCAGCAGGUCAGCGCAACUUCCAAGUGGAGACGAUUUCUUCUGUCACCUGAAAACUGUUCCUGUGUACACACGGACUCCCCGACACUCCCGCAGAGAGCACUCAGGCUGGCUGAACAAGCGACCCCAGGACCCCAUAACCUCAGUGAAGGGCACCUGAGAGGCUCCCCCAGUGCAUUCCAGCUCCUGCAGACCACCCAUACCCCCAUGUCUGUGUCUCCCAGGGCCUGUGGGAAGACCCCAGAGCAGCCACAGGAACUCCCACUUGUGCAACUACGUGACCUCUUUAAAACCGACGAGGACUUUGAUGACAAUCUGUGAACUGAGACUAGAGUAUUAUAUUGAGACAUAUGUGUUAUAAUGUCAAUAGAUCUUUAUAUAGACGUUUGUUAAUGUAAGCCCUUGUCUACUACACACCUGUCACUGGAAACACGCCUCCCCAAGUUGCUUUUAAAUGGGACUGAGAACAGUUUAUGGGAACUACCAAAAACUGGCAAUAAACAUGGCUGUCAAACAGAUCAUCUCAACAGUUACAACAGCUUUGAUUAAAGUGCUUAUACCAUUUAAUUAGUUCGUUUACAAAUAUGGGAACAGAAUGGCUACAAAGGGGUUUUCUUACUGUCAAAACAGACACCUGGAAACGAGAACUACAGUGGUUAUGGAACAGGCAGCAGUGAGUGAGCGCCCACAUCAGCGCCCCUUCGUGGCCCUUCAUUCCCCAGAUGAAAGCCUGGGCUCUCUCACCUCCAGCACUCCUGCAGGAGUCUCGUUCUGCUGGUGGUGCUCUGCCUAAACCUGGAGCAGAAAAUCAACUACUUGUCAGUCUCAAUCUACUAUUAGUUACUUUUUUUAAAAGCAGAAGGCCAUUAGGCAAGAUACAGUGUGCACUGCUGGCGUAACCUGGCAGGAAGAGCAAGGAUGUGAUGUGGUGUGGUGUCAGCGUCUCCUAGCACGGAGUCUCCCUCUGCCUUGGGGAACCUUGGGACCUUGGGGGCCUGGCUGUGUGGAGCCAGAGCACCCAAGGGAAACUGAUCAGUGUUUCUCAGACAUCAAAAACAACAUCUCUCUCUUUCUCCCUCUCUCUCAUACACACACACUGGGAGCUCCCUCCCUAUGUCACUUAUUCUAUUGCCCUAAAUGGCUUCAUGCAUCCCCACCCCCCAGAUUCUGGAAGAAGAAUGCAGAUAAACUGGCCCUUAUAGAGGCCCUGGGGUACUACAAUAGCACAACACAACUAUGAGACAGGGGACACAGAACAGGUGGGCAAAAAUUGUCACAAUGGCAGUGAGUGCUUUGAAUACUGGAUGGUGUCCAGGGCAGCCCCGAUGUCGUAAUUCUUGGUCUGUAGGAGCCUGGUGAGCCACCCGCCUUCAUCAGAGAAGCCCAUGGACAGCAUCUGGGAGAGGGACUCAAUCAGCCGAGGAUCAGCUUCUGCCAGAGAGAGUAAUAAAAACCAUGACAGAGUCACUGGGCCCCACGUGCUGCCCAAACACAGCAAUAUCCUGUCCAGCCAGCAAGUAUCCAGCACCUGUAGGGCCAAGCCCAGCACAGCCCGCCAUAGGGUCUCCUAAUUCUCACCAAGGCCAGGGCCUGCAAGCUUUUUUGGUAAAAGGCUUUGCAAAGAGGAACUACUCAAAGCUCAGAGGGCCAGCCAUUUGCCUUCUGCCAGAGACUGCAGCAUCCCCCGCCAAUCUGCUGGGGUCAGAAGAGCAGCUGCUUGGCUAUGCAGUUGUCUGGUCUCUGUCCCAACUACUCAACACUACCAUUACAACAUAAAAGCCAGACAACAUGUAAACAAAUAACCGUGGCUAUGUGCCAAUAAAACCUGACUCUGAAAUUCGUAUUUAAUGUUCACAUCUUGACUUUUUCCCAAUCAUUAUAAAAAUGAAAAAAUCAUUCUCAGCCCACAGGUU